CUCAUAUAUAAACAUUUCUUGUUCAAGCUUGAUCCUCUUUCUCUUUCUUUCCUUUCUGCGAUCUGCUUUUAAUAAAGAUGCAAACCAAAAUAGUGCUUUCUCUUGCUCUUGCAACAGUCCUGGUUCAAGCCCAAGUUUAUGGAAAUGCUCGUGGUCAUGGUGUUCAUGGCAUUGCCUAUGUCAACUCUGAAGCAUCCCUUCUUCCUGCUAUUGAAAUUGGCACUGGUACUUCUAGUGGCAAAUUGAAAGCUGAUUCUAACAGCAAUCGCCGUAACAAUAACAACAAUAAGAAUGAUAAAGUUCGCAAUGGCUACGAUAAAGACGAUAAAGACGAUGAUGAUGAAGACGAUGAAGACGACGAUUUUGAUGGCGAGGAUGACUACAGUAUUGGUGACUACGAUAUUGGUGACUACGAUGAAGGUGAUGACGAUAAUGGCGAUGACAACGAUAAUGAUGAUGAUGAUGAGGGGUAUAAUAACAAACGUAAUGGUGGUAACUACAAUAACCAUGAUGACGAAGAUGAUAAUGAUCAGGAUGACUACGAAGAUAACGAUUAUGAAGACGAUGAUCAUAGUGACUAUGGUAACUACAAAGAUAAUGACCAUGAUGACGAUGAUGGCAACGACAACGAUGAUGAUCAUGAGGGCAAGUAUAAUCGUCACAAAGGGGGUAAUGACCACAAUGGAAGCCGUAAUAAUAAUGGUAGAAAACGCGGUGGCUAUAACAAUGGUCAUAAGCACGAUGAUAAGGAGGGUAGCAAAGAUUUUAAAGGUGAUGAUGAAGGCUUUGGACACUAUGGGGGAGCAGGAACAAAAGGCCUUACAGGCCACAUCAAGGCCAAUUCAUUUACACCACAAGUAGCCAACAUCUACAAGUUCGAUGACAGGGAAGAAAAGACUGAAAAGAAGGACAAAACUGAUAAGAAGGACAAGAAGGACAAAAAGAAGCAGCCUAAGGAUGAUGAAGAUGAGGAAGAGGAUGAAGAUCAAAAGAAGAAGGAUAAAAAGAAAAAGAAGACAGAAGAUGAGAAUGAUGACUAUACUAAGCAAGAAAAUAACACUUUAGAAGCAGUAACUCCUAGCAUGAGCGCAAGUAGCAUGGCCAUUAGUCGUUCCGCCAGUGCUACACCUAGUGGCAGUCGUUCCUUGUCUUUUGCCGCUGCUCCCUCUGCUACUCUCUCCAAAGCUAUUCCUCCCAAUUCUCGUCCAACAACAGGUGGCAACGCUAAGGUUCAAAAUAGCAAAUCAGGUGCAAGCUUUGUUCGCGUGAGUCUUGGUGCCACUGUUGGUGCCGCUAUUAUUGCUGCUUUCACUCUUUUGUAGACUCUAUAAUGGCAUCUCU